AUGCCUCUCUGGAGAACACCAAAUCCCGCUCCGACCACCUCGGCGUUUCUUGUGCUUCAAGGAUUGGUCGUGGUCUUGACCGCGGAUUACCUGGUCGCUGCGGCUCAGUCUCGUCCAAGCAGUUUCUCUGCAGCUCUUCGAGGGCUGAACAUAACAAAGACGCCACCUCCUUUUCGACAAGUCCAUGCGACAGGGAGUGAGGAU